AUGAAACAACAGUUCUUGUUGUUGUUGUUUGGCAUUCUGAGUUGUAUCGUUGUUUUUCUUGUACUUUCUCCGAAUAUCGAAAGUGCGUCCAUACCUACAUUUGAUCCAAACUAUGAUCUCUCAUGGAUAAAAAGAAUAUUUGCUUUGAGUCGUUCUCAAAAGGACAUUUCCUUAGUCAAUGAAUACAAAUCAUUGAUGAGCCAUGCGAUCCAAAUAUGGCAAAAACCUAACGGUUUCCCUCAAGGCUUACAUCAUUACAGUAAAUCAUCCCUUCGAAAAAUCUUUAAGGAUCCGAACAAUAGAAGAAUAUUAGAGGACAUUCAUGAAUUUCUCUACUUCCUUAAUGAUCAAAGUGUAUGCAUUCCUUAUCUGAUGGAUUACAUUCAAAAUUACGAAUUUUUUGGAUUGUUUGAACAAUGCAUCUCGGAAUGGGUUAAACAUCAUUGGAUGCAUUUGUUUGUGAUGGAAAACUCAGCACGUGAUAAGGCUUCUCAUUCAUUGGAAUCUUUCUCUGAUCCCUCUGGAACAUCCAAUACCUUCUCAUCAUCUCCUUCAUCUCUCCCUUUGGAGAUGGAACCUAUGGAUGACCUACUCACGGAAGGAGAAAGUUUAUUACAAGAGCUGGAACAGACUUCGAAUGUUGAUGAUUUCAUCGAUGAUACCUUGUUAUUCGAAAGUUCAAAUGAUGAUCUUAAUGAAGAACUAGAGUUGAUUGGUGAUGAAAUUAUAAAGGAGAAAGAAUCCGACGAGUUGAAGAAUCCCAUGACCUCAAACAGUGGAUUAGAAUUGAAAGAUCUUUCCCAAGAGAAAGAAGAAAACUCUCUAUUGAAUGAACUCAUGGAAGAAAUGAUUGAAGAAUCUCAACUCAUGCAACCACAAGCAUCUUCUUCAACUGAACUUGAAACGAAUGAGUUGUCAAUGAAUCCAAAUGAACCUUUGAAUGACAAGAUAGUUUCAUCUGAGAAAAGUGAUUCUUUGAUUCAUCUCUUAACAGAGAAUAAUCAUCCCUCAACAGAGAAGAAUGAAUUGUCAAAUAAUAAUCAUCCAACAAUUACAACAACAGAGAGUGAUGAACCUUUGAAACUCAAUAAUCUCAAGGAAACUUUGAACCCUAUUGAGAAUAAGAAUCCAACAACAAGCAAUGAGUCCAAUAAGUUGGAUUUGUAUCAAAGUGAGAAUAAUCAUCCAACACACAUUCUCCCCUCAACAACAAUCAAUCCUUCAAAUGAGUUAAAAGAUAUUUUGAAAUCAAUUCACUCAAAUGAUUCAAAUGAUAGCAUUGAAUCUAAUAAGACAAAAUCAACUGAGAGUAGCAAUGAAUCUAAUAAGAUACAAUCCAAUGAUAGCAUUGAAUCUAAUAAGAUACAAUCCAAUGAUAGCAUUGAAUCCAAAAAGAUACAAUCAACUGAAAGUAGCGAACAAAAUCAGAUGAAUCUAACAGAUGAUAAUGGGUCUUUGAAACACACAAAUCUCUCUCAAGAAAACCUCCAGGUGAAUUCAUCAGAGGAUCCAUCCACACAAUUGCAAGACAUGACAAAAGUGUCUGAAAAAAUCAACACAAGUGAUCAAAAACACUCUUCCUACUUGAAUAAUUCCACAAACAAUGAUUUUUCGAAUCUCAAUGAUACAGUACUGUCCACCUUAGAGUCUUUGAAUCCAUCAUUGAAAAGUGAGGAAAACAACACCAUGAACACCCCGUUGAAAUUACAAGAAUUGGAUGUCAAUCUCACAAACGAUCAAGUACAUGUCUCGCAACAACCUUCUCUUCAAACAAAUCACAACAUUUCAAAUGCCAUUGACUAUGUGAUUAAGAGAUCAAAGUUAUAUCGAAUAUUUUACAAUUUGCAUGAAAGAAUCAUGAUGAAUUACAACAAGACACUCUCUCAAUUAGAAAGCACAGAACAUUGGUUGAUUCCUUCCUUAACAAAAUUGAAACAAUUAUCGAUGGAACUUGAUGAAUCUCUUAACAUCACCAAGACCUAUACCGAUUCCAUUCAUAACACAUUGAGUGCAAUGAGUACCAUGAUCACCACAUCCAUUCCAUCCAAUGUAUUAAUUGGAAGAGGAUAUCAACUACCUGCACAAACAUGUAAUGAUAUUCAACCAUUAAGAAAUUUCAAUUUUAGUUUAACAACUGUUUGGAUUGAACCAUCAAAGAAUAGAGAUCCAAACAAAUCCUUUAGAGUCUAUUGUGUUUCUGAUCAUGAAUUUACAAGGAAUAAUGAUGGAAAAAGGAGCCCAAGUAGUAGUAAUGGUAGUGAAAAACCUCGCAUGUGGAUGUUAGUGGCUAAAAAGUCAUACUCUUAUUCAUUCUUUUCAAAUGACAACAACAAUAGCACUGCAUGUCUUCCAUUUUCAUGUAGUUUGAAUAGAAAUGCACUUGCAGUAUUUGGUCCAAAAGCAGAAACACCUUUGGCUUUCCUUUCUUUAAGUGAAUUUGAUCAAGUAUUUGUCAAUUCUACAAUGACUGCACGUGUGGUGUUUACCAAUGAACAAUUCAAGAAUAUCUUGUCUGAUGUCACUACAUCCAUUGGAACACCAAGAGAAUUCAUGAGAGCUAUUGCUGAAAAAAUUCCACCUCUUUCUGAAGCAUUAAUCUAUUUGAAUAUUGAAAAGAAAAAAGAGAACUAG